UUCAAGUAACUUGCGCUACCUGCUUGUGAAAGCCAUCCUUUUAAUUUGUUAGCUUUCCAUAUCUUCUUCAAGGAAUUAAAGAUGAAAAUGGAGGUGGAAAUUAUUUCGAAACAGUGCAUCAAACCCUCUUCUCCAACACCUCCGAACCUGAAAACGUAUAAGAUCUCCCUCCUGGACCAGGUCCAUUCAUCCAUCUAUAUUCCUGUGAUCCUCUUUUAUCCCAUGAACGAAAGCACAAGCCAUUCUCUUAACGUUGAUGAUAUUAUCUCUCAAAGAUCCCAGCUGCUCAAGCAAUCCCUAUCUGAAAACCUAACUCGCUUUUACCCUUUAGCUGGCAAAAUCAAAGAUGAACUCACCAUCGAUUGUAAUGACGAGGGAGUUUUUUAUUUAGAAGGUUAUUCAAAGUGUCAUCUUGUUGAUUGCAUCAGAGAGCCUGAUAUUGUAUCAUUGAACCAAUUUUUUCCACAAGAGAAGAAUUUUCAAGAUCCAGUUGAGGGAGAUUAUGUUGCUUUGAUAAAAGUAACGAGCUUUGCAUGCGGCGGUUUUGCCAUUGGUGUUCUUGUCUGCCACAUGGUCGCUGAUGGAACUGCCUUCAGUGCAUUUCUCAAUGGUUGGGCAGCCAUUGCUCGUAAGGCCUCUGAGCUUGUAUACCCUAAUUUUGAUGCCACGUCAAUUUUCCCACAAAACAAUGCGUUCUCUAAAGAGGCAGUCAUGACGACUUUUGCCAAGGCCUACAAAUCAGGCAGGUGUGUCGUAAGGAGAGUUGUGUUUGAUGGCUCAGCCGUUGCAUCACUAAAAGCCAAAGCGACCAGCUCAAGCGUGCCGAACCCAACAAGAGUUGAGGUUGUUUCAGCGCUCCUAUGGAAAUCCAUCAUGACCGCUUUAAAGGCCACUUCCGGCGUUCAAAAGCCAAGCUAUCUUACCCACUCAGUGAAUUUUCGCCGAAGAGCAGAUCCACAAUUCGCAGACUCUUCCAUGGGAAAUUUAUUUUGGGGAGCAGGCGCAUUAUGCAUGGCUGAGGAGACAGAUUUAGCUUGCAUGGUGAGCAAGCUUAGAGAAGCCAUAGUGAAAGUCAACUCUGAUUUUGUAAAAAGCCUACAAGGUGAGGGAGGGUUUUCCAAUCUUUGUGAAGUUAUGAAAGCAACAACAGAAGAACUCUCAGGUAUAGACAGUUCUUUUGGAAUGAACUUCAUUGCGGUUACCAGUUGGUGUAACUUUGGUAUCUAUGACAUCGAUUUCGGGUGGGGAAAGCCAACAUGGAUAAGCGGUAUUGGUUCAAGCGGCGACACGGAGAGUGUGUUCCCAACAGCGUUUAUUCUAAUGGACACAAGAUCUGGCGAUGGAGUUGAAGCAUGGGUUACAUUAAAUAAAGAAGAGAUGAAUGUGUUAGCACAAGACAAGGAACUUUUUGCUUUCGCUUCUUUGGAUCCCAGCCCCUUAAAAUAGAAAAUUAGAGGGUACUUCCCACUUAUAGGAAGUGCGGAAUUUCUGAAACCAAAUUGUCGAAGAUGGUUUCUUGAUCCCCACCCAUUGAAAAAGAGGCACAUAGAGCGAGUCCCAUCCAAUUGUUAUCAUUGCACAAAUUUGGUGGUAUCACUACAAAA